CCACAUUCUUCUUUAUUUAUUUUUAUCUCAACAGAAAGGAAAGGAUAAUUAUAAUUAAGCUUGAUUUUUCAGCUGACUACAAAUUCUAUAUGAGUUUCCUUAAUGAUGAGUUGCCGUCUAUGCAUUUUGGAGUUCUUUUUCUACACGGUUUACCUUUCGUAUUCUGUGUGUAUGCAACUCUGGAUACAUGGAAUUUCUGCCUACUGCAUGUAGGCGCUGCCUAACUAAGAGUAAAAGUGAAUUUAGUGGAUACCAAUAAAAAAUGCUGCAUACUGGAGUGCUAGAGGGGCUGUCUUGAUUACCAUUUAUCAAGAAUAGAUUCUAACAAUUGCUGUUACUCAGUUCUUUUUACUUAAUACUUUAUCAGAGUUUGUUUUCUGCAUGAUUUAUUUUUCAGACAUGUUCUUUCAGUUUGGCUUGGCAGGAUAAAAUGUUAGCUCGUAUUAGAAAUGAUAGAAUCUUCUUUCUGCAUGCAUUUGCACUUCAUUGGAUAUGUUAUCGAUCAAUUAAAGGAGAAUAUAUGAACUUAAAUAUGACAGAAAAGUGAAGUUCUGUCUUCCCUGCAUGGACUGCACUUCACUUAACCAUUGAUGGAGUUGGUGGACCCCCUGAUAUUGGGGGCUCACCCUCCAUCAAUGGUUAGCUGUUCUGCAAUUUGGGCAGGGCAGAUUGUAAAACAGCAUUCUUUAAAUAUAAUAUGGGCUACUCUAUCCGUUGUUAAUGGAUUAAUUGAUUUUAGCCUUCUGCAUCGUGGGCGCUGCCAAAUGGACAGUAAAAAUGAAUUUAGUGGAUGUAUAAAAUUCUGCAUAAAUGCUGGAGGGCUCUGAGCUGCUGUUUUGAUUUGCAUUCUAUAAGGGCACUAUCUCAGCACUUUUAAUUUUUUAAUUAGAAAAGGCAGCUUUACCCAAGUAGUUUUAUCUUCACCUCAAAUUGGUUACUAACUCACUGGGAAUUAAUUAAGAUUUCUUCCUCUCAGAUUGUUUACUAACUCACUACGAACUCAUUCAGAUUUGCUAGAGUUCCUUGGUUCUUUAUGUACAAAGAAAAAAGAAAGUCCCCUAUUUUAU